AUGUCCGUCUCUUCCGGGGUACCGGAGUCGUGGAUCUCGGCCUUUUGCUCCCUCAUGGGACAUGAGUAUUUUGCUGAGGUCUCAGAGGACUUCAUUGAGGACGACUUCAAUUUGACGGGGUUACAAUCGCAAGUUCCAAAGUUCAAAGAAGCCUUGGAGAUGAUUUUAGACGUGGAGCCGGAUGAUGACGACGAAGAUGAUGAGGACGAAUAUGAUGACGAUGAAGAUGUCAUAUUGGGUGACACUCGUGAUUACGAUAGAUCAAGUGGUGGGAGACAUAUUCGCGUCGCCAGCGAUUUGAGCGCUAUCGAAACAUCUGCCGAGCUUCUUUACGGAUUGAUUCAUCAACGAUACAUUACUUCACGCCUGGGUAUACAGCAAAUGCUAGAAAAAUACGAACGCCAGGACUUUGGUAUUUGCCCUCGCGUCUUUUGCCAGGGCUGCAGAGUGCUACCAGUUGGACGGACGGAUACUCCUGGUCUGGAUACUGUAAAGUUAUACUGCCCAAGCUGCCAGGACUUAUACACGCCGCCAAACAGUCGAUUUCAGACCGUCGAUGGCGCUUUUUUCGGCACCACAUUUGGGUGCCUUUUUUUCAUGAGUUUCCCUGAACUUGAUGUUUCUGGCCCACCAGAUGCGCCGGUAACUAGUUUACUCUCCACAGAUGGCAGUAAAAGUGCUGGUGCAAGUUCCAAUAGCCAACCAAUUCAGAUAAACGGCGUGAUGGUGGAAAAUCUUGCACCAGGGUUAGGGCAAGGCAGAAUAUACGAAGCGAAAGUGUACGGAUUUAAAGUGUCGGAGCGCGCUAGGUCAGGCCCGCGAAUGAAGUGGUUAAGGAUGAAGCCGGACAAUAUCUACGAGCUAGAUGAAAGUGCCAUUUACCAUGCUGCUAAUCGAGAAGCUGGCACUGUUGACGGCGAUACCGAAAUGGAUGCCGAGGAUCCACAGCAGGCCGCUAUUAGCCGACGGAAGAAGGCGCCAAUACGAAAACGAAGAGUUGCAGCACCCACAAACCCAGAGCCUAUGAAUACUAAUGGGGCUGGAGAGUUGGGUUGA